GUGAAAGACUUUAAACUGUUGGCAUUUCUGUUAGUGUUUGAGCUUAUUCCUUAUUAUUGUUCUGAUUUUUACUUUAUUGUUUUUAUGAGAAUAUGUAAAUGGUAAUUAAAUGUUAGUUUGCGUUUUUUUUUUUUUUAAUCGUAUUAUAUAUAUGAUAUAUUCUGUCAGAUCAAAUAAUUUUCAAAGUUGUGUUCGUGAAUGUCUGAUAGCGAUUUAGAAUCUGCUACUGAGUAUACCAGGUUAAUGGAUGCCCAUGUCUGUCAAAAUCGUCCAGCUGAUGUCUCGACAGAAGUUACAAAAAAACGGAAACAGCGACAAGUUCCUGCGAAUCGAAGUCCAGAUGAGUCGACCUCUCGCCAGGAAAAUGGCCUGGCAGAUGUGGUCGGUACCGAAGUCCUGCCAGACCACUCAGUUCCACCAGAGUGGCACGACGAGGAGGAAGAGCUGAAGUAUGGUGCGAAGCAUGUCAUUAAGCUGUUUGUGCCAGUGUCACUGUGCAUGCUGGUGGUGGUGGCAACCAUCAGCUCCGUCAACUUUUACACCACCAAGGACAUCUACCUUGUUUACACGCCCUUCCACGAGGACAGCCCGGAUACGAGCACCAAGGUGUGGAAUGCCGUCGCCAACUCUCUCAUCCUGAUGGCCGUGAUCGUGGUGAUGACUGUGCUGCUGAUAGUCCUCUACAAGAAUCGCUGCUACAAGAUUAUUCAUGGCUGGCUCAUUCUCUCUUCCCUCAUGUUGCUGUUCAUAUUCUCCUACUUGUACCUCGAAGAGGUCCUGCGGGCAUACAACGUGCCGGUGGACUACAUCACGCUCGCUGUAUUCAUGUGGAACUUCGGCGUGGUGGGGAUGGUCUGCAUCCAUUGGCAAGGCCCCCUGCGGCUGCAGCAGGCCUACUUGAUCUUCAUAGCCGCGCUCAUGGCGCUCGUGUUCAUCAAGUACCUGCCCGAGUGGACCACGUGGGUCGUGCUGGCCGUCAUCUCCGUGUGGGAUCUGGUGGCUGUGCUGACACCUAAAGGACCACUGAGGAUUUUGGUAGAGACGGCUCAAGAGAGGAAUGAACAAAUUUUCCCUGCACUCAUAUAUUCAUCGACUUACAUGUACAGCUACAUGAGCGUUGUGAAUGGAGAGGACAAUGAACAAGCAUCGAGCUCCAAUCAGUCACCGCAGUCCCAACCCACCAUCCGCAGCCAGGAGUCGGAGGGUGACCCGGAAAGUGGGUUCUCCCGUGAGUGGGUGUCGACGCACGCAGAGCGUGCGGAACAGAGGCAGCGGGACAUCCGGGAAGCGUCUGGUGGUCGCAUGCCCAACUAUCACGCCACGGCACAGACCAGCGCUGCGACCCAUCCAGAGUACCGCGAGUUGGAGGAGGAGGAACGUGGUGUGAAGCUCGGCUUGGGUGAUUUCAUUUUCUACAGUGUGCUGGUUGGGAAGGCAUCGUCAUACGGCGACUGGAACACCACGCUGGCGUGUUUCGUGGCCAUAUUGAUUGGCCUGUGCCUCACACUGCUGUUGCUGGCUAUCUUCAAGAAAGCACUUCCAGCACUGCCUAUUUCCAUUACAUUUGGACUUAUUUUCUACUUUGCCACGCGAGAGAUUGUCAAGCCAUUUGCAGACAGUCUUGCUAGUGAGCAAGUGUUCAUUUAGGACAGGACUCCAACACUGCAAAUGUCCUUGAAGAAACUAUCCUGUAUGUGUAUUGACUGAAAGUGAUACGUAUUUAUUGAAUUUAAAGAGUGGACUCUAAUUGUACUGACAUUUAAAAAUUUUAUAAUAUAGCUAAUCAGAAAAAAUAA